AGCUGCCCAUCUGAGCUGCCCCAGGCUCGAAUUGGAAUUGCCGGCUCUCCGCAACCAUGCGACGAUGCAUGCUCUCGGCGGCGUGCACCAUCGUGGCUGCCGCCGCCGCCGCGGCUCGCGCAAGCCCAGUAAGCACCGAUGCUCACAGGUGGGGCAAGAAGCUUAGCUCCUUAGGAUCAUCGGGCAGCAGCCCCGAGGGCGCACCGAGCCGUGAAAACGUGUAUGUUUGGGGCCUGCUCCUCUUCGUCGUCGCGUUUAACGUCGUAUGCUUCGACUUGACGCGCGACGCGGCAGCAGCAGCGGACGAUGAACUGCGCGCCGCCGUGGCGGACGCCCUGCUACCGGAUACGGAAGACGAGGAAGGAGUGACGCGAGAGUCGCUGGAGGCCGUCUACCAGGAAGAGACCGCCCUACCAUCAACGGCGUCAAAACUGACGCAGCUCGCGGACCGAUGCGACUGGAACGCCUGGAACCUGGCCACGAUUACCGGAGACUACGACCCCGACCAUUCAACACUUCCUCGCCGGCGGAUCCAGGGCCGCGUCGCAUUAAUACGGGAUACGGCGGCGCGCCUGGGCGUCGACGAGGAGGAGGUCCGCCGACGGGCCGCGCGCCGCGGCUGGAUGGGCGAGGCGUUCGAGCGCGACGUCGAGCUCUCGGAGCUCGGCCCGCCGGACGACGGCUGCCGGACGUGGCCGCGAGUUCAUUACCCCAUACCCUAGUUCGCUCUGGAAAGCCGGGGGCGCAAGGCGAAGGUAUGUAUGUUGUAAGGUAUACUAGUAGG